GUAUAGAGAAAAAUAUUCAAGAUGUUAAUUAAGGAAUAUCACAUACCCUUGCCACUGACUGUGGAUGAAUACCGCAUAGCCCAGUUGUAUAUGAUAGCGAAAAAAAGUCGAGAAGAGAGUCAUGGCGAAGGUAGCGGCGUGGAAAUUAUUAUCAAUGAACCGUAUGAUGAUGGACCUGGUGGAAAGGGUCAAUAUACUAAGAAAAUCUAUCAUGUUGGCAGUCAUUUACCAGGCUGGAUAAAAAGUUUACUUCCCAAAAGCGCUUUAACUGUUGAAGAGGAGGCAUGGAAUGCCUAUCCUUAUACUCGUACCCGCUACACUUGCCCAUUUGUGGAAAAGUUCAUGCUCGAUAUUGAGACAUAUUAUUUUCCCGACAACGGUUAUCAGGAGAAUGUUUUCAAGCUGACUAGUAGCGAAUUGAGAAAUCGUGUUAUCGACACAAUUGACAUUGUAAAGGAUCAACUCACCGGGGGAGAUUAUGUCAAGGAAGAAGAUCCCAAAUUAUUUGUUUCGGAAAAGACCGGAAGGGGACCUCUGAACGAUGACUGGCUGGAGGAAUACUGGCGUGAAGUUAAAGGCAAAAAACAGCCGACUGCCAGAAAUAUGUCAUUGAUGUGCGCGUAUAAAAUAUGUCGAGUAGAGUUUCGCUACUGGGGAAUGCAAACGAAAUUGGAAAAAUUCAUUCAUGAUGUGGCGUUGCGAAAAACAAUGGUCCGAGCUCAUCGCCAAGCGUGGGCUUGGCAGGAUGAAUGGCAUGGUCUGACGAUUGAGGAUAUUAGAGAAAUUGAGCGUCAAACCCAAUUAGCCCUGGCCAGGAAAAUGGGUGGUGGUGAUAUCAGUGGCGAAGAAGAAGAAGAGGAGGAGGAAGAAGAAGAAAGCAUUUCCGAAACACAACCUCCGAAACCAAUUGAACCUCCGCCGAGUGAAGAACGCCAAAAUAAGGAACCUCCUUUGGUAACACAGCAACCCCCCAGUGAAGAGGUAUCGUCUGAUGAUGAAGGUCAACAAGAACAAAAUAACUCCAGUGAAAGAUCUCGCUCACAAAGUAUCCAGAUGGCAGCAAAAUCAAAAUAUGGUUCAAAGCCGGGUGGCCUACAUUCACCACUAGGAUCUGCUCAAAGUUUUGAGUUACAGCCGCAUGCCAAAAAUGCUAAACAUAAAAAUGUGGCAAAUUGGCGUAUGGAACGGCUAGAGGUUGACUCUAAAUCGAAUUCGGAUGAAGAGUUCUUUGACUGCGUUGAUACAAACGAAACCAACUCCCUGGCCAAAUGGAGUUCUUUGGAAAUCUUAGGCGAAACGGACGAUAGUCCGCCCCCACAUAGUGGAAUACCGGGCAAAAAUAACAAAGACGACAGUAUUUUUAACCAAGACUUCCUCAUGCGAGUUGCUUCCGAAAGAGGAAAUAAACGGCAAUUGAGAUCAUCGGCUAGUCUAGAAAGAGGUGGACAUGAUGGAUCGCCGCCUGGCUCUCCAGGGACCCCUUCAUGCUCCACCACCAUACUCAUUAUGGUUGUACAUGCAGGCAGUGUUCUGGAUGCCACCAGUGAAUUGACUUCCAAAAAAUCAGAUGUAACCACUUUCCGCGGAGCUUUCGAAUCAGUCAUGCGCCAACAUUAUCCGAGCCUAUUAAGUCAUGUUACCAUUAAAAUGGUUCCUUGUCCAUCCAUUUGUACAGAUGCUUUGGGCAUACUCUCCAGCCUCAGUCCAUACUCGUUUGAUGCCUCACCUUCUGCAGACAUACCAAAUAUAGCUGAUGUUCCUAUAGGAGCCAUCCCAUUGCUCUCUGUUACAUCGCCCGAAUUCCAAGACACGGUCAAUAAAACGGUGACGGCUGCCAACAUUGUCUACCAAGAAUUCCUAAAGUCUGAAGAAGGUCAUGGCUUUUCUGGUCAAGUUGUUAUGCUAGGCGAUUCAAUGGGAUCGCUGUUGGCAUACGAAGCUCUGUGUCGUGGUUCAUCCAAUGAUGGAGGCAGUCGUUCCUCACGUACUACCGAUGACGAUGAGCGUUUCGAUGACAGUGAUAUGGAUGCGAAACGACUACUGGUUGCACCAUCACCACGUCGCAGACGUUCGUCGUCUUCCAGCGAUUCUAAAAACGCAAAGUUAGAGUUUGAGGUUAGUGACUUCUUCAUGUUCGGAUCGCCAUUGUCCAUUGUCUUGGCAGCUAAAAAACUACACGAUUCUAAAACAGCACUCCAACGCCCGAAUUGCCAUCAAGUUUACAAUCUGUUUCAUCCAACCGAUCCGACAGCUUCCCGCCUGGAACCUUUGCUUAGUGCAAGAUUUUCAAUGUUGGCUCCAGUCAAUGUACCCCGAUAUGCCAAAUAUCCUCUGGGAAAUGGACAACCCCUGCAUUUAUUGGAGGUUAUACAAUCUCAUCCCCAUCAUUUCAGCGAAGGUCACAAUUUGUUGGGUGGUCGCCGCCUCUCGGAUGCGUCCAUGCAAAGUACAGUAUCGGGUUUAAUAGAAAAUAUAUCGCUAAGUACCAUAAAUACAAUUCAAAUGAAAUGGUGGGGUACCAAACGCCUAGACUAUGCUCUCUACUGCCCCGAAGGAUUGAGUAAUUUUCCGGCCAAUGCCUUACCGCAUUUGUUCCACGCAAGCUAUUGGGAAAGUGCCGAUGUCAUAGCUUUUAUUUUGAGACAGAUUGGCAAAUUUGAAGGCAUUCCGUAUGUAAGCUCCUCGGACACAAAGGAUAGUGUCCAGUUCAAUCCAGGCCAGCCAUGCGAAAAGUGGAUAAGAAAACGGACAUCUGUGAAGUUGAAGAACGUGGCUGCUAAUCACCGGGCUAAUGAUGUUAUUGUAUUGGAUGGACGUGAAAAACGCAUCAAUGCUCGUUUCAUGUAUGGACCCUUGGAUAUGAUCACAUUGCACGGCGAAAAGGUCGAUGUACACAUUAUGAAAGAUCCACCUGCUGGCGAGUGGACUUAUCUUAGUACCGAAGUCACCGAUAAGACUGGACGCAUCUCCUACACAAUACCCGAUGACGUCAUACGCGGUUAUGGCAUUUAUCCCGUAAAGAUGGUGGUUAGAGGCGAUCACACAUCGGUGGAUUGUUAUUUAGCAGUAGUACCGCCUUUAACCGAAUGUGUGGUAUUCAGUAUAGACGGUUCAUUUACUGCCUCCGUCUCCGUCACCGGGAGAGACCCAAAGGUACGAGCUGGCGCGGUCGAUGUAUGUCGCCACUGGCAGGAACAUGGCUACUUGUUAAUUUACAUGACUGGACGACCGGAUAUGCAGCAACAACGGGUCGUUUCUUGGCUUAGCCAACACAAUUUUCCACAUGGUUUGAUAUCAUUUGCCGAUGGCCUUACCACGGACCCCCUCGGCUAUAAAACUGCUUAUUUAAAUAAUUUAGUUCAAAAUCAUGGAAUCUCUAUAAUGGCAGCUUAUGGUAGCAGUAAGGAUAUUAGUGUUUACACCAAUGUUGGCUUACGAAUGGAUCAAAUAUUCAUUGUGGGCAAGGUAAGCAAGAAACUGCAAACUAAUGCCACCGUCCUGAAUGAUGGAUAUGCAGCCCAUUUGGCCGCGUUGCAAGCUGUUGGCGGGUCUCGACCUGCCAAGGGUAAUGCCCGUAUGGUUAUACCGCGCGGCUGUUUUAAUUUGCCAGGACAAACCGCAAAUCCCCGACGUAGAAGCAACGAGACCGGUCUGUCUUCGCCAAUACGCAGUGGCUAUUUGAAACGUAAAACCUAUUUUGGCCAUCAAAACUAAACCUCUCGGCAUUGUCUGCAGCAUUGCACAGCGUGUGUUGAACUGCCAGGAGCUAUCAGUGGCACCACCAAUCCAUUCAAUUAG